UCUUGCGCGCUCCCCGGCCGCCGGCCCCAGCCGCUCCCUCACCGCCCGCACCCGGCGCCACUCCGAGACCAGGAGGCACCGGGCCCGAGCCGGAGCGGGGGUCUUCCCUGCCUCCUAGCGUCCCGGAGCGGAGGAUCGGCCGUGGAGGACCGCGCCCGGGCUGGGGGCGCUCGCGGCACCGAGAGCGCCGGCUGCGCCAGACCGUGCCUGAUGGAAGCCUGGUGUGGACAAUGAGGGAAGAACGCACCUGCCACCCCCUAGAGGCGAGCCCGGAGCGAGCCCCGGAUGGCCCCUCGAUCCGGAACGAUGCGGCUGGCCUGCAUGUUCUCCUCCAUCCUGCUGUUUGGAGCCGCAGGCCUCCUCCUCUUCAUCGGCCUGCAGGACCCUACGGAGCUCACCCCCCAGCAGGUGCCAGGAAUUGGUGCCAGCCUCCCCCAGCUGCUCGAGCCAGAAACCAGAGUCUCCCAGUUGCAGUUGUGUGCCGGAGCCAGCCUGUGCCAGCCCGUGAGAGCCGACGGUUCACACCCCUUCCCAGCUGCCAGCUGCCACGGAAUAAAGUUCAACAUCAGGCCGCAGCAGCCCCACGACGACUUCCCACCAGGCGGUUCCCAGGAUGGUGACUUGAAGGCGCCCACAGAGAGGGGCACCCGAGACUUGUCCAGCCUGACCCCACAGCCGGGCAGCCCGGGGCAGCUGGUCCCCGACCAGCCUGCACCCCACUUAAAGACGGGGCCCCGCCCACGGCUCCAGCAGCGCCGCCGCCGGCUGCUUAUUAAGAAAAUGCCAGCUGCGGCCGCAGUGCCCGCCAACAGCUCGGCCAGCGCCCCUGUGCGGCCCGGUGCCCGGGCGCUGGACGGCCGCGGGGUCAGCCUGCAGCAGCGCCAGCGGGAGCGCAAGCACCUGAUGCGCGAGGCCUGUGCCAAGUACCGGGCGAGCGGCGGCCGGCGCGCCGUCACGCCGCGCCACGUGUCCCGCAUCUUCGUGGAGGACCGCCACCGCGUGCUGUACUGCGAGGUGCCCAAGGCGGGCUGCUCCAACUGGAAGCGGGUGCUCAUGGUGCUGGCCGGGCUGGCCGCGUCCGCCGCCGACAUCCAGCACAACACGGUCCACUACGGCGGCGCCCUGCGGCGCCUGGACACCUUCGACCGCCAGGGCAUCCUGCACCGCCUGGGGACCUACACCAAGAUGCUGUUUGUCAGGGAGCCCUUCGAGAGGCUGGUCUCCGCCUUCCGCGACAAGUUCGAGCACCCCAACAGCUACUACCACCCCGUGUUUGGCAAGGCCAUCCUGGCGCGCUACCGGGCCAACGCGUCGCGGGAGGCGCUGCGGACGGGCUCCGGCGUGCGCUUCCCCGAGUUCGUCCAGUACCUGCUGGACGAGCGCCGGCCCGUGGGCAUGGACAUCCACUGGGACCACGUCAGCCGGCUCUGCAGCCCCUGCCUCAUCGACUACGACUUCGUGGGCAAGUUCGAGAGCAUGGAGGACGACGCCAACUUCUUCCUGAGCCUCAUCCGCGCGCCGCGGAACCUGACCUUCCCGCGGUUCAAGGACCGGCACUCGCAGGAGGCGCGCACCACGGCGAGGAUCGCGCGCCAGUACUUCGCGCAGCUCUCGGCCCCGCAGCGGCAGCGCACCUACGACUUCUACUACAUGGACUACCUGAUGUUCAACUAUUCCAAGCCCUUUGCAGACCUGUACUGAGGGGCGGGGCCAGCCGGCCUUGGGGGCGGGGCCUGCCGCGCCCACUCACCUGUCCAUGGUGGGGUGGGGCCCUCCUCGCGUCUCCCCGGCCCCCCAGUCCAGGAGCUGAGAUUGAUCCCAAGUAACCGGGCUCCGAGGAUGUGAGGAGCCUGGCUUCUGGGUGUCCCAGGCCAUGGACAGUGAACUUGGCCCUUGUCUAAUGCCCACUCCUCUCCUUGGCUGAGGGAGACGCCCCCAGAGAUGAGUCGGACACCCCAGCCGCCCACACUCAGCUCAGCCAAGUGUCACAAUGACCAGGGAAGCCUGAGGCCCAGAGGACAGGGGUCCCAGGAGUAAGGGAUUUCCCGCAGUCCCUUAGCAUUGCCUUGUACCAAACCACGUGGUUUGCAGCUUUUCUACA